GUACAUGUGUACGAAGCAAAUGUAGAGGUCUGCAGUUGUCAAAAAUGAAACUUCAAACGUAGAUUAAGGAAAGAGAUUUAAAACAGAGUUGUGGUAAACGCACAGAAAUGUCGUUUUGCUGCGUCAAAGAUUUCACCAAAUGCGGUUAAACCGGGUGACCAAAUUAGCGUUUUUAGCGUCUGGGCGAACCGUUCACUUUUAGCAUGCGCGGGAAAAAAUGUGCUAGAAUAAUUGCGCAGCAUUUGGGAACGGUUUUGCAAAACUUGUAUAAUUUCCUCAGCUUUGUACGCUCUGUGCGACUUCCCCAGUUUUUUGCGCUCUAUGCGACUUCCCCAAUUUUGUGUGUUUUGUACAAUUUUCUCAAUUUUGUUCACGUUGCUCGCGUUUGCCUUUUUGUGAAGCUUUUUCCCGACGUUUUCGCCCUUCACGCGCGAAAGACCGUUGCGUCAAAAAUAUUUCUUCACUAAUUUGUUUAGCCCAGACUGUGCGCGCCCCCCCUUUUUCGCAAAAAUUAACUGAACUUACAACGUUUCAGCAGAGCAGUUAAAAAAUUAGUGGGGGGACGCUAUUUCUACGCACAGUAGAAAAGGGAAAAAAACGAAACGAGCAAAGAAACAAAAACUGCAGUUGUGUUUGAUUUUUCCUGCCAACAGCUAUAGCCUCAAAAUGGUGGGAAAAUAGCGUAUGUCACGAGUUAGCCACGUACAUAUAUAUAUCUAUUCCUACCUUAUGGGAAUUAAAAAAUUCCCUACGUGACCCCUAAACCCAGCUUUAUUUUACUUUUGUCGUUUAUGCUUAAGAGAGUCGCAAGGAGGAAUCAAACUGUUCCUCAAAUUGCCUUCCCCAAGCAACAACUCUGCGAGGACACAUAAACCUACAUGAGCAGAAAGCGCACAGAGAGGGAAAAAAAAAAAAAAAAAACGAAUUAUAAUGAGCUACUCGCUGAACUUAGGCACCUCCAAGAAGACUCAAGAUAUUUCCGGCACAAGCGACAUAACGGAGAAUGUGUACGAGAAGGAAAUUAAGGAGAUGAACGAGAUGAACGGGAUGAACGGGCUGGACAGCUCCAAUGCGAUCGCCCAGAUGGGGGAGGACAGGGAGAACGAGCAGGAAAGGGAGAGGGAAAAGGAGAAGGAAAAGGCGAAGGAUAAAGUGAAGGAAAAGGAGAAGGACCCCCCCUACAGCGACCACAAGGAAAAAAAACACGCGAAGAAAAACAAUUUUAUGAAAAUUUUUAAAAAGAAGAAGAAAAAAUCGGAAGAAAUGGAAGAAAUGGAAGAGACGUUUUCGAAAAUAUACGACUCGAAUUGUGUGCUCUCGAAUCCGAACAACGUAGACGAAGAUAAGUACUACCUCUCCUUCAGUGAGCUAAACAGAUGCGACGACCUGUCCGAUAAAAUCGUGGAGGAACGCAGCCCAAGGGAUGCCAAGCAUGCGGGCAAAUCACACACGGGAGAAGGAAGCAAAAAGGAUAAAAGGGUAGACAAGAAAAUGUCAAGAGAAAGUAGAAAAAAAAUGAAGAUAAAAAAAAAAAAAAAAAAAAUCCCGUCCAUCGGGGAAAUUAAAACUGAGAAGAGGAGCAAACUUACGGAAAAGCAGAAGAGUGGAGAAAAUGGCAAUAAAGAGGAGGAAGACGGAGCGGAGGACAGAAAUUACAACUUUGAACCACAUGAAGAUUUAAAAAAAGAAAUCGAAAAAAUAAAAAUCGACAUAGACAAAAUUAAGAAAAAGGGAAAUGUAAAAAGAAUAUAUGACGAUUUGAAGUAUAUACUCCUUUUCCAAAAUGAAAUAAUAGACAUUCUGAUUGAGGACAUCCGGAAGAAUAAGCUAAGGACCAAAUACGACUUGCUGGAAGACAGCACGGUCAAGGAUGAUGUAAAUAAAAUGAUUUUAAAUCACAUAACAUUGGAUCUUUUAAAAUUUAAAUACAUCAACACGAAGUUGAAGGAGCUAAUUCUCUGCGUGUAUGACACGAAGAAGUUUAACGCCUUGAUAAGAAAAAUAGUCUACAACAAAUUGGACGAAAUGAAAAAAAUUGUGGAUAAAAAUGGAGAGCUAACUUUUGCAAAAACGAUGCUGAGCUUUCUGUACAAGCAGCUCAAGUACUGCCUGGAGGAGGAGGUGCAGUCCUACUAUGACCAAGUGAAGAAUGUGAACGACGAUAUUCAUAAUUUGAAAAAAAAUGUCGUUCACAUCAUUUUUGAGGCCAUAAAUGACGUUUGCUCUUUGCCACAUCCAAGUGAGAUAUACUCCACGAGGAAGAAGAACGCCAGGCAUGAAGCGCAGCUGAGGAAGAAGCGGCUUAUGUGUCCAGAAUACCAGAAGGACUUGAAUAGCUUUUUCUCCCUUUACGAUUGUGUGCAUGUCGAGAGAGGAAGCACCGAUACGCAGGGAGUAAACCAAAACAAGUUCAAAAAUUUCUGCGUUUUGAGCAGCGCGAGGAAGGAUAACCAUAUGCCUCCACCACAAAUGAUGGGCAAAAACGUAACAUUCGGUGAUCAUACCGGUGGAGUGGUAGACAAAACGUACUUGAUAAAUGCUGUGCAGCUGCCAAAGUAUCCACCCUCUACCACCAUUUUGAAUCAUUCCUAUGUGGUUGCAGAUGUGCCCCGGAGGAACGACUCCAAUUUUAGAACCCACAAAUUCGUUUCGCACACCGCGCCCAUAAAUGUGAGUUAUUCAACGAAGGGGAUUCGGCAGCCGUGUUCCUAUGUGUCUAAUUUGAAGGCAGCAAAGGGGGGCACUUACUCGGACGACUUGAACUGUUAUUAUGGUGAGGCCACCUCUGCAGGGGGUGGGAAUGAAUAUAGUGCGAAUGGGCUUCACUAUAUUUAUGGCGAGAAUGAUGGCCGCAGACUGCAAAGCGGAAGUAGUCGUCUACUGAGGGGCGUUGCUAAGGAGUGCUCCCUAUUCUGUAAUGGACUAGAUAAAGUGAGGAGCUUGGGUAACUUUACGGAGCACACGAAUGGGCAGCCCAUGGGGGGGAACAACCCCUAUGGGUGCUGCCCAAUUGGAUGUGAUGAUCUUCGCAGGGGAGAUGCAUUCAUUGUGGAGAAGAUGGACUGCAGCUCGCGGAUGGCGCAACCUGUGGAGUGGAAUAAUCAUGUGGGUGGGUUCGCAGUGCCUUGUGUGGGCGUGCAGAAUGGUGAGCUGAUCGAAAGGGGGGCAGGUGACCCCCUGCGGAGUGUCUACCUGGGCAGUGGUCAUGACGGGAGAAAUCCCCUAUACACCCCUUCCACGGGAGUCACCCCCUCCACCGCCUGUGCUGCCACCCACUUUGCGGAGCCGAAUGGGGGGGCGAACCGGGAGAGAAACCCAAUGGAGUACACCGGAUUCGAAAUCGUAUCGAGCAAGGAAGACAUAAAGAAGCUGGAGGCCUUUCUAAACGACCAGUGGGGAAGCUUUAAGCUGUUUGAAAAGUGGGUCAAGGACUGCUCCAAGUGGCAGUGGAUAGAUCUGAAGCUUCAGAGGGAGUACAUAAGUAGCAGUGUGGACUUGGAAAAGCUGAAGGAGGAAAAAAAAAAAUACCUGGAGAAAUGUAUAAACAAGAAAAUAAAGGAACUGUGGUGCGGACGCAUGAAAGGUCUAAUGAAUUUGAAGCUAUGCGACAUGGAAAAAAAACUUGUAAAAAAUUUUACCUCAAAUAAUGUGAUUAGCAAAAACAUUUCUGAGGUUAUGUUAGAUUACGAGAGGAGCUCCAUGUGCUACCAAGAUUUGUACGCAAGAAUUCUAAGUGCAGAGGGGGACAACAAAAAGAUGAGUUCUCUAUUUAAGAAGUACAACGUGUAUAGAGAAAAGAAUAGUGAUGAGGAAGAGGCCAACUCGACCCACGGGGAGGGGAAAAAAGACUCCAUUACUAAUGCGGAGGGUACGAAAUAUGCCCAUAAAAAGAAGGGGUAUGUACAGUCCUUGAUUUACAGCUUUAAUAAGAAGUCGCACAAGCAGAGUAGCGCCAAAGAAGGCUCUCACCUGAAGAAGGAAAAUGAGCAGUCGAACCAGAAGAAGGCGGGCGCCACUUCGGUGAAGGAGCCGCCUCAUUCGAAGGAGCACAUAUUCGCGGAGAAUGGAGGCAACGCGAACAAGGGGGACGCACCUGUGAAGGAGAACGCGCAUAGCAGUGUGAAGGUGGGUGCCAAUGUCAGUGUGAAGGCCAACGCGCAUAACCAUGUGCACAACGACAAAGACAAACUCGCGGAAGAGGUCCGCAGCAACCACCCCGACAGGGCGAACAGCUCCUACAUCUAUAACGACUCGUACCUGCGUAACGACUCGCGAGUUAGGAGCGGCUCCCACAUAGGAUGCGAGUCGCGCAGUGGAAGAAGCCACUCUGAGCGGAGGAGCGACUCCCACGGCAGCAGCAGUUCCAGCUCGCGUGUCCGCAUAGAACGGUCGGCCAUAAAGAAGAAAGAAAACAACGGCUCCUUCUUCGACAGCUUCUUCCUCUUCAAAAGUGAACCCAACAAAAAGAGCUCCGGGAGCAAAUCGGGCAGCUCCGAAUCAACGGCCAAGUCCAAAUCAAAAUCCAAGUCGAACAGCUCACAACAUGAAGAUGGCUACCCCAUGGAGUAUUCCAAAAUUGAGGAGUCCAGUAAAUAUAACAAAAAGAAAAAGAAAAAAAAGAGCAAACGGAGUAACAUGAGUACCUUUAAAAAGAUUUUUUAUCUGAACAGGAAAAAAAAAAGCAAGGAGAAGUCCUCCGACAGCGAUGAAUCUUCGUCUGACUCGUCCGCGAAGGGGGAGAAGAAGGAGAAACGCGCAAAGGGUAAGAAGGAAGCCACAAAGGGGGAGAAAAAGGAGCAUGCGAGGAAGUCAACACGGCAAAGGGGCAGCGUAAAAAAGGGAAGUCUAAACCAAAGGGACAUCCUUUCAGACCGCCAGUCCUCCUCUGAUGAGGAAGAGUACAAAUAUGAUGGAGAGUUCGAGUACGAAAUUUUAGAAAAGGAAGUGGGGGACCAUCUGCACUUGGAAGAGGGAAAGGAAAAAAUCGUGUCCAUUGAGGAACUGCACAGGGAAGAGAGUUGCGAGCUGCUGGCGAAGUCGAAUGUUAGCAGCGACGCGGGCGCGAGGAGAAGUCUCCAUAGGGUGAAGGAAGCACAGCAGGGGAAGAAGCAGGAAACGCUGCAGGGGAAGCAAGAAAGCAAAGGAGCAGAUCCGCAGGAGGGAAAAAACGAACCCACCAAAAAUGGCAGAGCUAAGGGAGCAGAACCCAUGUCGGUGAGCCAAAUUAACGACCACUUGGGGGAAAGCGCACGUCGCGCGUCAUACAUCAAGGCGAGUGACCUAAAGAAGGUGCACUCAUUUGUGGCGGGCCACUCGAUCAGUUUAGGAAAAGACUCCAAGCAAACAUCCAGCGUGGUGAAUAAAAAGGCGAGUUCUUUUGUGGACGACGGGUCAGGCGCACUGGGGGAACACAAGAGGAAAAGAAGCCGUUACGGUGAAGGCAACGUAAACGCGCAUAAUGCAGCAGAAGCGCUGGCAGACGCAAAAGUAGCAGACGAGAUUGAAGCGGAUGACCGAACGGGGGGGGGAGAAAAAUCACGGAAUAAUCACGCCCACGAGGGGGAGCCCCGAAAUGGAGGCAAAAAAAAUAACUCCAUUACCCACUCGGACAUUUCGUACUACUCACAUGAUGAGGAAGAAGAGGAGAUAGACGCGGAGGUAGACGCGGAGGCUGACGCGGAGGUGGACGCGGAGGGCAACAAAUACGACAAGUUCUCGAGCCUAGGUUCCAUAAAAAAGGGAAAUAAAAAAAAUAAAUUUAACAAGUUCUUUAAGAAUUUGGGAAAGUUUAGCUUCAAACCGUCGAAAAAGAAGUCCAAACAGCUGUCCACCCACACGAGCGAAAUCAUUUUGAAGAGUGCACCCAGUGUCGCUUCCAACGAAAAUAUGGAUGAGCAUAUGGAUGAGGAAAUAUUGGAGGAUCACGAAAGGGCUGUGCCCAAAGGGAUGAGUGCACACGGGAAGAUGUACAUCUCGAAGAGCUUCUUGCUAAGUAGUGAUGUUAGUAAUAAAAGCGGGGAGGGACUCACCAAGAGAAAAAUGAGCAACCAGGUGGAUAAGUUAUAUUCCUAUAUAAACAAACUGAAGGAGAAGAAAAAGAGCUCCACCGAAAUGGAGGCAAACUUGAAUGAUGCGCUGGCGAACGGUGCAGCGGAGGAGGAGCAACAGCAACGGCAGAGAGACGGAGAGAGGAAGUUAGUUGGGAAGGCACUUCCCCCCAUGCGUAUUAUCAGUCGCAUCGAAACUGCAAACAGUAUGAGUGUGUCCAAUGAGAACAUCACGAAGGAGUUAAAAAAAAACGAAUCGGAAGUAAACCCUUUGACGAAGAGACCGUACGGCAGUGGCAACAUUAACAAGGGGGACAAUCAUCUGGGUGAAGAUCUUCUCGAAAGGAGCAGCCCAAGGGGGCAGACAAACUCGCCUCGUUUUGGCUACAGCAUGUCUAAUCAGGAGAUCUCGGAAGGGAGCGGCAAUUCGGGCGAUAGCGCCUCAGCUGGGAAUAUCUCAUAUGAGGGGAGUUCGGGGAAAGGCGGGGAAGAAGCCACAGCGGGGAAGAAACACCCAAGUGAGAAAACUGACGGGGGGGGAACCGUUGCGGGGGUGAAGGUGAAGGAAAGGAAAAAGGACAAGGGGGGGAAGCUGAACUUGAAAAAUGCGCCGCUUUCUCAAAAUUCGUCGCACUCGCGUGAUGCGCAGCGUGGAGCGAAAUCGCCCAGCUUGUCGUUUUCCUCAGACAACCUGAGCAAUUACGUGCAGAGCAAGUACCACGUGAAGGAGAGCGAAGAAAUCCACAGAGAGGUGAUGAGCUCCGGAAGUGCCAUGGAGGCGAAGCUGGGCUACAGCAUGUACAGUAGCUUAUACCUCGAAGAGCGGGAGCAGAAAAUUAGGCGAAACGUUUCGAAAAAGUUCUUCAACAAAGGGAAAAGCUCAAGAAGUGGGAGAAGUGCAAGAAGUGGAAGAAGUGCAAGAAGUGAGCUAAGUGAGCGAAGUGGGAGAAGUGCGAAGAGUGCGAGGUGGUCCAAAAAGGGGAGUCGAAGGAGGGACGAAAAUUCCUCAAACUCCUUGGACAUUGUUAGGCUAUCAAGCUUUAAGUCAAAGUCAGAUGUGAAGCUCUCGUGCAGUAACAGCAAGGGCACUUCCUUCUCGUUGUCAGAUUCGAAGGAGUCUCACAUUUCGCGUGGGUACAUGUCUGAUGGUAGGAAAGAGAAUAAUUCGUACUACAAAUAUGUCCAAUCGAUGUUACCCUUUGGGAUGAUGGCUCAUCGGGAUAAUGCUAGUCACGAUGGGGAUUCAGCAGAUGGAAGAAAGGGACGUCCAUCGGAGAGGAAUGGCUAA